CGGGCUCCCCUGCAGGUUGAAGUGAAAUUUCGUCAGUUUGCAGGUUGCCUUGUAAACGGAGUACAGUUUCACCGGAAAACGUCUUCAUCGUUGGCAUUUCUAGAUUUUGUCCGUUCGUUCAGUGGGCAGGAUAAAGUGCUGACAUCAUGGGGACGAGUUUUGCGGAGAUCUGUGAGAACUGUAAGAUGGGACGUGAGUACGCGCUGCUGGGGAACUACGACACGUCGCUGGUGUACUACCAGGGCGUGCUGCAGCAGAUCCAGAAACUACUGGUCUCUAUCAAGGAACCCGCACGCAAGCACAAGUGGCAACAGGUGCGACAGGAGAUUGCCACGGAGUAUGAACACGUGAAGGACAUCAGCGGAACGCUCAACAGCUUCAAGACAGACAACCAGGGCGCCCGCGGCCGCGUGCACGAGGAACCCACGCGGGAUCCUGACGUCUGGCCACCGCCCACUCCGGUCGAACACAAACCUUCUCCCAACUAUAACCGGCGUGGACCAGUCCGAGCUGAACCACGACAAGCUCCCGCCCGCGUGGGCCCGUCCAACCCUCCCGGCCGCGGGGCAGCUGACCGGCGGGAUCGGCGGGCAGGGCCGUCAGCGGGGGGCGGGGGAGACCGCAGGGGUGACCCCAGGGCACGCGGGCCGCCUGGACGCCAGGACGCGAAAGGAAGAGGAAAGGGCAAAGAUGAAAAAGGAGAUCGGAAGUCUCCAGAUGAAGAGAAGAAGUUUGACCCUGCAGGUUAUGAUAAGGACCUGGUGGAGGCCCUGGAGAGAGACAUUGUGCAGAGAAACCCCAAUGUACACUGGGAUGACAUUGCAGGGAACCCUGAGGCUAAGAGGCUGUUGGAGGAGGCUGUGGUACUGCCCAUGUGGAUGCCAGACUUCUUCAAGGGGAUCAGAAGGCCUUGGAAGGGAGUGUUGAUGGUAGGCCCGCCUGGUACUGGGAAGACCAUGCUUGCCAAAGCCGUCGCUACCGAGUGUGGCACCACGUUUUUCAAUGUGACGUCUUCAACAUUAAGCUCCAAGUACCGAGGAGAGUCUGAGAAACUGGUGCGACUACUGUUUGAAAUGGCUCGUUUCUACGCUCCCAGCACCAUCUUUGUGGAUGAGAUAGACUCCAUCUGUAGCCGGCGAGGCAGUGACUCUGAACACGAGGCCAGUCGCAGGGUCAAGUCUGAGCUGCUGAUUCAGAUGGACGGUGUGUCGGCUAAUGAAGGAGAUGAAGGGAAGAUGGUGAUGGUUCUGGCAGCCACUAACUUCCCCUGGGACCUGGACGAGGCCCUGCGCCGCCGGCUGGAGAAGAGGAUCUAUAUCCCCCUGCCUGACACAUCAUCGAGGGAAGAGCUGCUUAAGAUCAACCUGAAGGAAGUGCCGAUUGCUGAAGACGUCAUCCUGGCCUCUAUAGCUGAGAAAAUGGACGGGUACUCUGGUGCUGACAUCACCAAUGUCUGCAGAGAUGCCUCCAUGAUGGCCAUGCGGCGCCGUAUCGAGGGUCUGACUCCAGAUCAGAUUAAGAACCUCCCCAAGGAGGAGCUGGAACUCCCCACCUGCAUGAAGGACUUUGAAGAAGCCUUGAAGAAAGUCUCCAAGUCUGUGUCCAAGGAUGAUCUGGCCAAGUAUGUCAAGUGGAUGGAGGAGUUUGGAUCUACAUAAAAUAUACCUGAUCCUCUUCAUCAGAAUGGACUUCUUCAGCUGUACUUAGUCAUCUUUUUGUUACGUUGGACCAGUGAAAGCUGCAAAUAACCUCAUCCAGUUCCAUUCUGCUCAGUAUUGCCUUGAAUGAUUGAAAUUGAAAGUCCUUUUGAAAUUGGAGUAGAUGAGAUGUGUGUCUCAGAAUAUAAAUUCAGUGUAUUUUGUUGGAAGUCUUCAGUACAUAGUCAGACUCAGAGAUAGUGCAAACAAGUUGCAGAAAUGUAAAGAUAGCUCUGCUGUCCGGCCAGUGCCUUCUUGUCUUAAUCUGUCCAUUCUCCCCAGACUUGCUGCAUCAAAAGCUGUUGAAUAUGUAUGUCCUUCUGUCUUGUCUUUUCUCACUAUUUCUUCCUACUAUGUUAAUGAUAUUACUAGCACAAACACAUGUUCUGUAACACUGGCUACACAAUUGAGGAGAACUUCCUUACCGUCCAUGAUGUAUAAAAUCUUGUAGAACAUUACAGAACACAUGUAUUUGCAAAGAAUGAGAUUGUUGGUACAUACUGCACUGUGUUAUUUGAUUUGAUGUGGUGGUAGAAGUAAUUUCAGAGACUAGCUCAGUUAGGAAUAUUGAGUGCUGUUGAAUGGCACUGGAUUUUGUGCAUCAGUUUUCUUUGUACCACAAAGGGGAAGGUUUAACUAAUAACGCCAAUAUCUGGUGUUCUGCUAGCCAAGGUACAGAAAUUUGUCUGGUAACAGCACGAAACCAGUUGAAUAGAUGUCAAAGUAAUCAUUUAUGAUACUUUAUCAGCAUUGUUAUAUGAAAUUUCUUCCCCCUUUGAGAUGAUUCAACUCAUACUUUUCACUCCUCUGAGCUGAACACAUCUCCAACAGAAAGUAGACUGGGGUUAACAUAGUCCACUGUAUUGACCCUCAGUAUGAUUGGUACAGCAUCAUUCCAACUGAAUGUGAACUCAAGUCAUUCCUCAAACCAUGGAACUCACAAUUAGAAUCUUUUUGCAGAUGGUCAUGUUGUGAGACAUCAAUUUUGUUCUGUAAUGUAGAGGAGAUGUUACCAUACCAAUGUAUACUACCUGAGCUGACUGUACACUGUAGUUACUGAGUACUACAGGCACUAGAAUAUGUUUAUAAAUUUGCGAUGAUUGAAUGAACUAAUAAUUUGGUUCCAUAGCUAGCCCUGACUCCAUUGUACUUAUAGCGGGACAGACCAUUAUUUGGAGGGUGGAGCUUGUGUUACACAGACUUCUAACCUGUGUCCGCCUGGGUAAAAUGUGUAAAAGUGUAGACAUGCAAAACUAGAGCUUAGUAAUCUGUGUGACACAAACUCCACACCAUAUAAUAUCCUAGCCUAUGUAACCCAAGCUCCGGGGGGCUCCCUACAUAGUCCGCCACCCAAUUUUUUCGGGGGCCGGGUGGAUGUUGGGCGGCCAGCAAAAGCGAUUUAAUCAGGCUAAUAAUAUCCCUCCCGCUAUAAGCAUGAUGUAAUCAAGAUUGUUAAUGAAGCUAGACCUUAGCUCCCUACCAGAAAGCCUAACAAGGCUUGUAUUUCAUUGCACAAAUGUUGUGCCUUUACUAUCUUUGUGUUAGAGUUACAUUUGAAUGAACCAAUGAGUGAUUUUGUUGACAAAACACACACACAAACACACACACACACACACUUUGAUGCACAGAACUAUAAACACCAAGUUAUUUGAUGUGUUUGGAAAUAAAAAUUGCUGCACUUUGA